AUGGUAUAUGAAGCAACACCUUUUGAUCCGAUCACGGUCAAGCCAAGCGAUAAAAGACGCGUUGCAUAUUUUUACGAUGCAGACGUUGGGAACUAUGCAUAUGGAGCAGGUCACCCGAUGAAGCCGCAUAGAAUAAGAAUGGCACAUUCCCUUAUUAUGAAUUAUGGCUUGUACAAGAAGAUGGAAAUUUACAGAGCUAAGCCGGCAACGAAACAAGAAAUGUGUCAGUUCCAUACUGAUGAAUACAUUGAUUUUUUAUCGAGGGUUACUCCAGAUAAUUUAGAAAUGUUUAAAAGAGAAAGUGUCAAGUUUAAUGUCGGAGAUGAUUGUCCUGUCUUUGAUGGGCUCUAUGAGUACUGUAGCAUAUCUGGUGGUGGCUCUAUGGAAGGAGCUGCUCGUCUGAAUAGAGGCAAAUGUGAUGUUGCUGUCAACUAUGCGGGUGGUUUGCAUCAUGCAAAAAAAUCAGAAGCUUCUGGGUUUUGUUAUUUAAAUGACAUAGUACUGGGCAUUAUUGAACUACUACGAUACCACCCCAGAGUUCUGUAUAUUGAUAUUGAUGUGCACCAUGGUGAUGGUGUAGAGGAAGCGUUUUAUACAACGGAUCGUGUCAUGACAUGUUCUUUCCACAAAUAUGGUGAGUUUUUCCCUGGCACAGGUGAACUGAGAGAUAUAGGGGUGGGUGCAGGAAAAAACUACGCGGUCAAUGUUCCAUUAAGAGACGGUAUUGAUGAUGCUACGUAUAGAUCUGUGUUUGAACCUGUGAUAAAAAAAAUUAUGGAAUGGUAUCAACCUUCUGCUGUCGUGUUACAGUGUGGUGGGGACUCCUUGUCCGGCGAUCGUCUUGGUUGCUUUAAUCUUUCCAUGGAAGGCCAUGCUAAUUGUGUAAACUAUGUGAAAUCCUUUGGGAUCCCAAUGAUGGUUGUUGGUGGAGGAGGCUAUACUAUGAGAAAUGUUGCAAGGACAUGGUGCUUUGAAACAGGUCUACUAAAUAACGUUGUCUUGGAUAAAGAUUUACCGUACAAUGAAUAUUACGAAUAUUACGGUCCAGAUUAUAAGUUAAGUGUUAGACCUUCGAAUAUGUUCAAUGUAAAUACUCCCGAAUAUCUUGACAAGGUAAUGACCAAUAUAUUUGCUAAUUUGGAAAACACAAAGUAUGCCCCUAGUGUUCAGUUGAAUCACACACCUAGGGAUGCCGAAGAUUUGGGUGAUGUUGAAGAAGAUUCUGCCGAGGCUAAAGAUACGAAGGGUGGUUCGCAGUAUGCGAGGGACCUACAUGUUGAGCAUGACAAUGAAUUCUAUUGA